AUGACAUCUACAGUAGAUCCAUCAACAGCCAGCUCUUCACCAACACCAUCCAAUUCAGAAAGUAUCAUUACAGUUGCCACAGACAAAGCAGGUCAAUUCACUGCUAUCGGUGAUGCUAUUGCUUACGCCCAACACAACGAUAUACCCACCGUUACCGUUCUUGAAGGCACCUAUCCGGCUGUGACUGUCACUGCAACUCCAUCCGUGGCUGUAAUCGGACAAAGUGGGAGUCCGGAUGGAUUCUCUGAGAACAAAGUCACCAUCUCUGAAGCCGGAACCGCGCUUACAAUCUCUGUCAAUGUUGAUGGGUUUACAUUCGCAAACAUCAACUUUGUCGAUACGGCAUCGAAAGGCUCUGCUGUACAGAUCCAAGGGACAAAGCUCGCAUUUUACAGCUGCCAGUUCAUCUCGGCGGGUCCUGUGGGUACUGAAACAGGCCUGGGUGUUGGUUUAAUUGCAAAUAGCUACAUCGAAGCCCAGGAGACGGCUAUUGAUGGAAAGGCGACGCUUUAUCUUUUCAGAACCUCGAUCUCGCCUAUUGAGAGCUCGGCUCUUGUCCUCAGUACACUGGGUACAGCAUCAGACGACGUGCUGUACAACUCCACAAUAGUAUUCGAUCGCGGAACUAUCUCUCCAAAGCCUGGAGAGGAAACAACAGGAAUCUUCCUCGCUAAGGCGAAAGGUCCUGGAUCUGUGGCCGUCUACCGGAACUCCGAUCUCGAUGGCUUUAUUGCUGCUACAGGAGUCCACGUUGAUGAUUUGAAUCAAGAUGCUCGUAACCUCUACGGCGAAUAUGGGAACACUGGAGACGGAGCAUACCCGAACAACAAAGACGCGCGAUCGCCAUAUGUGAAGCUACUAUCGACCUCCAAAUUAUCUCCGUUUGCACUGCGAGCGGUUCUGUCCGGCGCUUAUCCUGACUUCGCUACAUCCGAUACCAGUUGGAUAGAUCCUGAUAUUCUCGCGGAUAUUGAUAAAUCCGAUGCAGCUAGUGCCUCGACCAGCACUGGGGACGAUGGAGGAACUGGCGGAGAUGAUGACGAUGGAGACGAUGAUGGAGAUGGCGGAGACGGUGGAGCCUCAUCAACAAGCUCUAGAGGAAGCGGUGCAUCCUCAACAACACCAUCCUCACCAGAAGCCACUCCCACCAGUUCUUUUGUUGUUUCUCCAGAUCCAUCAGAUGGCCAGUAUAGCAGUGUUACGGCGGCUAUUCAAGCACUAGCUAAUGAUGGCAAGCCAUACAUCAUCGACAUCAAGAGUGGCACAUACGAGGAACAGAUAACAAUCACACGGAAGGGCAAGGUGACUCUUCGUGGAGAGACCGAUUUCAAGAAUGACUUCACUCAAAAUUUAGUUACUAUUCGAUUCUCUGAUGGUGUGGCAACAAAGACCAAUAAUGAUGACAAGACACCUGUGAUCAAUGUUCAGGACUCCGAUGGCCAAGCGAUAGUUGCGCUCUACAACAUCAAUUUUAAAAAUACCUACCCUCAAGCUGGGGACACGGUUGCGCUCGCAGCCGAUUUCGAUGGCACAGUAGGCGCAUAUGGCUGCUCCUUUAUUGGUUAUCAUCAUACUCUGUUUGCAAAUAAGGGAUCUCAACUCUUCUCCAACUCCUACAUCGAAGGAUCAAUUGAUUUCAUUUGGGGCUCUGCAACUGCUUACUUCCAUCAAUCAUACAUUGCCUCUAACACACCCGGCUAUUCUAUCACCGCGCAAACCCACUCAUCAGCCAAUGGUGCAGGUGGAUUUGUCAUUGACACUUCUCUGGUCACCUAUACCUCCUCCUAUGGAACUUCCUUCGGAAACACCUACUUGGGAAGACCUGCCGCCGAGUACAGUCUUGUGAUUUAUAUGAACUCCUACCUGAACAAACACAUCGCACCAGAAGGUUGGAGCUCCUCAGGUCCAUCCGGGACAAAUCAUGUUACGUUCGGCGAAUUUAAUAAUGUUGGACCAGGAAAUUGGUCGGAUGCUCGUGCGUCCUUUGCUAAGAAGCUUAGUCAAGAUGAGGCAGACGCCUACACAUUGGCUAACUGGAUUGGCGACACCUCGUGGAUAGACAUGACCGCUUACAACUUGAAGCCUUCUUAUGAUAUAUCCGAUCCCGAUGGAGGUAGCUCGCCGACAACUCCUGGCUCAGGUACAAGCACCUCUUCAAGUAGUCCAUCAGGAACUUCCUCUGGUGAUCCAUUCGGAGCUGGAACAAGCAGUUCAUCUGGGACUGGCACAUCUGGACACCCAGCGAGCGGCACUACACCACCUGAUGGAGCAGUUCUUGUAUCACCAUCAGGUGAUGUUGAUGACUCGUUCUCUUCACUAACCGCCGCGCUAAAAUCAUUACCUUCUGACGGGUCGCUGCAAGUAAUCUUCAUUUAUGCAGGAUCCUACAACGAGCAAGUCCCUUCAAUCAGUCGUGACGGCUCAACAAUAAUUAUUGGAUAUGCGACCGGAGAUCCGGGCAAAGACUUCUCUGAUAAUAAGGUGACAAUUAGCUUUUCUCAAGGAUCGUCAGCACCAUCAAAUGCGUCACCCGACACAAAUGCAGACACCGCGACCUUCUCGACCGACGGAGACAACAUCGCUGUCUACAACGUCAAUUUCAUCAAUAUUGAUAAUUUGGAUGGUAGCAAGUCAUCGUACGUUGCUAUUGCAGCAUCGAUAUUUGGAUCACAGAAUGCUUUCUAUGCCUGUAGUUUUGUUGCAUGGCAGGAGACUCUGUUGACUGGAGGCCUCUCAGCCUAUCAGUACUUCGAAUCAUCCUACAUCGAAGGAGCAACAGACUUCAUCGCAGGCUCCUCUAAAGCAUACUUCAAAGGGUGCACCAUCGGUGCAAAGUCCACAGACCUCGCUAUCACUCUCCAAAGUCGUGCGUCUGAUAAAUCCACUGGUGGGUAUAUAUUUGACCAGUGUCUAUUUGAUGCAGCCCCAAAUGCAGCAGAAGAUCUUACUCGAUCCGUCUUUCUGGGUCGUCCGUUCGCAGAAUAUGCAUUUGUUGUGGUAAAAUACUCCUAUCUCAGCAGUAUAAUCAACCCAUCAGGUUGGGAAGGCUGGUCUAACUCAGACCCUCGAACCGACUAUGUUACAUUUGCUGAGUACAAAAAUACCGGUCAAGGAAACUGGGAGCAGAACAGCGAUGCUCGAGAGGCUGUUGGUUUUGCGAAGCUCCUUGAGUCGGAUAUCUAUUCUCUGUCUGCGGUGAUGGCAUCGACUGACUGGAUUGAUAUGACGUAUUGGGAUUCUAUCACCACACCCGAAGAUGAGCCGGGUUCAUCACCUGGCUCCCCAACAGGCUCAGCACCCGGCUCUUCAAACGAUUCAGACCCCGAUUCAGCAACGGGCUCGGAUCCCGCCUCAUCGACUGGUUCGGCGCCUGGGUCGUCAACUACUCCAGAUUCAGGAUCUGGAUCGUCUACUGGCUCAGCAUCUGGAUCUUCAAGUAGCUCGAAACCCGGAUCGACAACGAGCGCUGCCCCUGGCUCAUUCUCUCCCGGCGACGCAGAUGAUGAUGGAUUAAGUGGAACAACACCACCUGAAGGAGCCUUGAUUGUUUCAAAAACAUCCAUCCCAGAUACAAAAACCUACGACACAAUUUCAGACGCUCUCAAGGCCCUUUCAAGCUCUGUGGAUGAUGUAUCAACUAUUUUCAUCUAUCCUGGCACAUACACAGAGCGGUUGAAAAUAACCACCCUUGGCACUGUCAUCCUAAUUGGGUACUCAGAGUCCACCAAAGACUUCAAAAACAAUCAAGUCACGAUCACGAAUAACGAAGCCGGUGAUAUCGGCUCUGGCGCACUUCCAUUGAGCAGUGCGACAGUUGACGCUGCCGGGAAAGAGUUGCGAGUCAUAAACAUCAAUAUCUCCAACCCCCGAAAAUCUGUCGGAGAGUCAGCAUCAGUUGCCCUCGCUGUGGAAUCAUCCAAGUAUGCCAGUCUAUACGGUAGCCAGGUACUAGGAGGACAAAACGCUCUCUUGAUCGAUGGUUUCUUAUUUGCUGCAGAGAGCUACAUCGAAGGCAAUGUGGAUAUGAUUGCCGGAACUGGGUCUGGCUACUUCCUUGAUUCUACAAUCUCACCUAACGAUGACGGAAUAAAUCUCACUGCUGAUCAGCGUAGUUCUGCUGACUCCCCGGGUGGAUUUGUCUUUGAUCAUUCUAAGGUUACACCUGUUGACGGUGCGGGAACUAUGGUUGCUAUCUCCCUUGGAAGACCUCGCAGCUCGUAUGCACGGGUUGCUUACGUCUAUUCACACCUUGGAUCCUGUGUUGAACCAGCCGGAUGGGAAGAAUGGACACCUGCCAGUCCUCGCACAGCCAAUGUUCUUUUUGGCGAAUAUGGAAAUGAUGGUCCAGGAUCCAAUACAGCUGGAAGAGCACCAUUUGCGACGCAGUUGACAGAUGAGUCCGUGGUGCAGUUUGAGAUAUCCCAGUUCUUCUCAAGCACUUCAUGGAUUGACUUCUCGCGAGUUCUCGCAACACCAUUCUCUGCUGGAAAGACCCCUGGCUCUUCAACUCCCGAUUCAUCGGACCCAGACUCAUCUGAUUCUGGGAAAACCACCACUACUGAUCCAGCCACAAGUGGCGGCUCUUCUCCUACAGCGGACCCUUCUUCAACGAACCCUUCCUCCACAGAUCCUUCCUCCACAGAUCCUUCUUCGACAGAUCCCUCUUCCACGGAUCCUUCGUCAACGGACCCGUCUGGGGAUACUGGAUCAGGAACCUCUGCACAGGAUCCCUCGAGAUCACCUGAUGUUGUUACCAAAACUAUUACAGACUCCGAUGUGACAUCAACACAAACAGCAACUCAGGUAAUUGUAGAUGGCUUUACACUUACUCCGACUACAGUCGUGAAAACAAGUACCCAAAAGUCCCCGACUACCUUGACUUUAACAACCACCACCUCACCAUCUGUUUCGACUAUUUCAAAGAGUGCGACAAUCACAGACUUUGCUACCGCAUCAUCAAAGACAACAUCCACCAAGACAAUCACAGUAUUGAGCAUCGACGCUUCUACACCUCGUACACAGAAAGUGACUUCUGUAUCAACUGUGACAGUAGGCACAGGAGGAACAAGUACUGUGUCAGGCAAGACUCAAGUCGUUACGUCUAGUACAACAUCGACCAAGACCGUAACCACGAGUGUGACAACAACCCUAAGCUGUGUCCCAGCCCCAGCAGCAAGGAAAGUCAAGGGGAAUCUCCUGCCACCUCGUGCUGUUGCUGUUACCACUUUCACAAAUCACUCAACAAUCACAGCCAUUGUCACCGCAUUGAAUACUUCACCUACUGGCUCUCAUCCACAUGAAAACAACACCACCACAAAUAUCAAUAUUGUACAGGGAAAUGCUGCAACACAACUAGGAAACAAAAUCGCGGUGGAGACAUCAUAUAGCACAGUCCCAGACAUCACAACUGUGACGAUUACCAAGAUAUUCUCGUCCGGGGCGUCAAUCACUCUGGAUCCGAUUAUCUCGACAACGAUUAUUACUACCUUGUCAACAACCACAUCUGUCAAAACAGUCGAAGGUUCUGGUUCAACCUCUACAGUUUACACUACCACAACUACAACAUCGAUAGUGGGACCCUCUGUGACUAUAGUAACGAAAACCUCCACCUCAAAGUCGGUACUCAAUUUGCCAACGCCAACCUCAACCAAGGUCGUGACUAGCACUGUUACCAAUUCCCCAACUGUCACAACUACUAGCCUUGCUAUAUUAACGAAGACGAAGACCGUCAAAGCAACUUCAACACUCACCAACACUGUGACAACUACAUCGAAGAAUGCUCCGGCCUGCUCAUGA